UAAGCCGGGGGUCAAUGACCAAAGGGGUCACCCACCUACGCAUUCGCACCAACCGAGUGAACAAAAUAAAAUGAACGAACUGUCAAAAAGUUGAGAUCGGUUAGUUUGUUUUAGGAGGUGAAAUGUAAACAAUCUUGACGCGAAAGUAUGAACAAAUAAGUUACAUACAUACAUUAAAUAUAUACUUUGUUCUAUAUCUACUAGUACUAGGCCUUCUUUAAAAUAUAAAAUUUUGAUGUGAAGUACAUAAACAUUUUGUGAUUCAUCAUGUGUAGACAUAUAAUGUUUAUUAUUUACAUUUUUCUAUUUUUGAUAUGUAAGACCUUUCAAGAGAAUAUUAAGUUUGGUCCUGGUUUAAAGCCCCAAGAAAUUAUUAUGCCUGCAAGAUACUUUGUUGUUAACCUUACUUCAAUAAUUGCCGGCGAGCCCUCUGAAUUGCCAGACAAUUUUGCUGUAGAAAUAGAAGGAAAGUCAACAAAGAAAAAUUACUGUAGAAUUUGGGUAAACAAAUUAUACAGAAAAGAUGGGACAUUUAUUGUCAGAUAUAAGAAUUAUGAAACAUGCUUUGAUUUAUCUAUUAGCCUUUAUUAUAAAAGUAGACAUAUUAAGGGCUCUCCAUUUACUUUCCAAGGUCCAAUAUAUUCAGAUCAGUGUAACUGCCCUGAUCAGAAUUUUAAUACCUGGUUGGACCGUUAUGGAUGUCCUAAAUCAUAUGACAGUAUUAACAGUGCUUUGAAAAUGCAGAACAAUGUUAACAUGAAAGUCACAGUACAGAAAAUAAUUGAAAGAUUUCAUAGUCCAGAAAGCACAAGCUUUUGUCACUAUGCUGUUAAGAAUAAUAAAGUAUACAGAGACUGUUAUGGAAAACAUGUGGGAUUUAAUAUGUUUUCUGAUAACAUAUUGUUGUUCUUGGCCAGAAAGGUUGUUUUGCCUGAUAUGGAAUUAGUGGUCAACUUGGGUGAUUGGCCCUUAGUUCGAAAAUACACAGAACCACUGCCAAUUUUUUCUUGGUGUGGUUCUGAUGAUACUCUAGAUAUUUUGAUGCCCACCUAUGAUAUUACAGAAUCAUCUAUUGAAAAUAUGGGCAGAGUGACCCUGGAUACUUUGUCAGUACAAGGUAGCAUUGACAGAGAGUGGCCCAAGAGAGAAGCAAAAGCAGUGUGGCGAGGCCGUGAUUCCCGACGCGAACGGCUGGAUCUGGUAGACAUUGCACGUGCCAACCCAGAUCUUUUCAAUGUGUCUCUUACAAACUUUUUCUUCUUUAGAGACAAAGAAACUGAAUAUGGACCCAAGCAGCCUCAUAUGUCAUUCUUUAAAUUUUUUGACUAUAAAUAUCAAAUUAACAUUGAUGGGACUGUAGCAGCUUAUAGAUUGCCAUAUCUCCUUUCGGGAGGGGGCAUGGUCCUAAAACAAGAGUCUCCUUAUUUCGAGCACUUCUACAAACUGCUGCAACCAUGGGUACACUAUGUUCCUGUAGCUCGAGACCUUUCAGACUUGAAGCAGCGCGUGCUUUGGGCGCGGGAACACGACAACGAAGCGCGGAAAAUAGCGGAAAAUGCAAGGCAGUUUGCAAACGAAAAUUUAUUACCCCAGCAUAUUAUUUGCUACCACGCAGUUUUAUUUUCAGAAUGGAGUAAAAGGUUAGUCAAUGAUGUUACAGUUCGCGAAAGUAUGACUCAUGUACCACAGCCUUCAUUCUCAUGUGAUUGCCAACAUGAAACAAGUGUUCAUCAGGAAUUAUGAUGAGUUAUUAUAUAUAGGCUGGUAUAUACAGUAUUAAUACGAAGAAGUGCCAUACACAUUACAACACUCAAGUUAGAUCAAAGUACAACAAAAUAAUGAAUCAAUAAUUUUAGAUUUAACAUAAUUAGUAGUGAGGAAAAAAUAUCAAUAAAAUAA